CACACCCUACCGCCGCCACGCGCUCUCCACCUGCAGGGGUGCUCUCUCCCUCUGUGUGUCCUCAUGUCCCGCUCGUCCUCCCCCAUCUCCACCACCGACGCAUCCGUCGCCGGCGUCGUCCAGGUCCAGGUCCAGGUCCAGCCUCCUCCUCCUCCUCCUCCGCGUGAAAGUGAAAGUGAAAGUGAAGCCCCUCCUCUCUUGCCGCAGAUUUCAAGGAUGUUUUUGUUGGAGCUCAAGCUGCAGGAGGAGCGGCUCAACCACAGUAGGAGAACUGGGUACGGCGGGAGGAGCUCAAGCGUGCCCGGCUGCUGGUGGAGGAGGAAGAGCUCAAGCACGCCCAGCUGCUCUAGGAGGAGAAGAGGGUGCUGCAGCUCAAGCGCACUCAGCUGCACGAGGCCAAGCUCAAGUCGGUGAAGGCGCUGGAGUCCGUUACAAGGUCGAUAGACAAGAUUAAGUCCUCUGCAUUGUCGUUGAUUGAUUGUGCUUAAACAUCACAUGGUCCCGUUGACUUUGAGA